CCUCCUCGAAUUACCCUUCUUCCCAUCAUUCCUAACGCACAAACAUGACUCGAACUCAACGCAACAUCUACCCGGCCGCUUUGGCCAAAGACCGCAGCGUCUCCCGCUCCGGCCUUGACAAGUCCCUCCCCAAAAAGGGCGCCGGUGCCGGUAACUGGGGCAGCCUCACCCAGGAGACCGCUGGGUACAUCAGGAACCCCGACACCAUGGACCAGAUCCAGCGUGACGAACGUCGAGCCAGCGAGGACAGCGUCGGGUCCGACAAGCAGAAACAAGCCAAGGUCAAGCCUGCGCCCAAGGCAAGGAGGAUGAGCUCGAUGAGCGACGAGGAGAGGAAAGAUGCCGCCGUCUUUAGGAAGGGAGCUAUGGCUAGACAAGGUCUCGAUCUCAAUGCCAUCGCCAGGACAUCCGGAGCGUUCUCUCAAUCCCCUCCCGAGACCAGCGUCCUCUCUUCGUCCCCCGUCAGGAACAUGGACGCCCUCGCUCAAAAGCUGGGCAAGUACUAGAUUACUACCCGAACCGCCUUCAUCGUCCUACGUUACGGUACGCUACGGUAACAGCAUAGCGAGGGCGGAAAACAGACGUCGCGAAUCCAGCGUCUGCUCGAAUUGGGAAUCGGAAAACGGAUUUAAAUGAACACGACUGCGACUGAAGAAGUGGGCAUGAAAUGUGACGACGACGAAAAUCAGAAUACGAACGACCUCAGAUAGAAAAGCAACAAAGAGAGUUUAAAGAACGGAGUUGAUUCACGAAACGAACCGAAGAAUACGCAGUCCAGAGAAUAAAAAGUUGUAUCGAAGAAAAACAGAAAUAUGCAAUCGAAUGCGGAA